GAGGAACACAAGGCAGAGCAUCGGGUCUUCGUCGGGAACGUGUCCGUUCUCGUGAUGGAGGUGCAAGAGUUGCCGGGGAAGAUGAAUCUCCGGCAGGAAGCACCUCGACCGCGGCGUCGGCUCUGGAACGGCGGCCGCCCACUGCUACGGUCUGCGAACAGUAUGUGGAUUCAAGCACGUGGUCGGCCCCAGAACGGGGUUCGAGAAUCAAAGCACGGUGCCCAGAUAUCGACCCCGGGAGCAGCCCGACUGACGAGGCACACAUGGUUUACUGGGGCGAUGAUGCUGGCGCCAGGACGAGUGUACUGCAAUUGUACUCGGCACUGAAGGCAAGAGAAACAUACCAGGCAGUGGUAAAAAACGCCGGUGAGCUCGUCGUUCCGGAUAUUGAAAGCCUUCACUCUCCUAGCCAAACCUUCCCACUCGUUUGCUCCGAGUGGUAUGCCGGCGGCCUGGAGCUGCGGUUGAACGUCCAUCUCUUCCGUCUGCCUGUGAGGGCCCGAAUGGGCAAGCCAACGCAAGACAAGAGCUCGGUAAGAAUUUUAUAGUAACUUCUGACGGUCGGAUGAUUGGUAGCUAAACCUAAGGAUGAUCAGGGGAGCAAGAAGGCAUAACUUUUAUUUACACAAGGACUUUCUUGGACCACAAGAACACCAAAUUAAGUACAAACAGCAGCUCGUCCGUCAAAACAAGUAAGUAGUCCGCUUCGAGAAGUUCUGAUGAACCUCAACCAAGAAUAAAAUGUAAACAAUUGCAAAAAGAAUUCCUUUACCACAGCGGCGGCCUUCAGAUCUUGGGUCCACCUCGGUAUCCGGUGAGGGCGAAGCGCGGGGCCUCAUUGAGGAGGAAGAUGCCGUGGCUUCUCCAAAUGGCGAAGGCGAUUUAACGCAUGAAGAAGAUGACUCCGGUACCCAUGAUGCCCCGAUGGGGGCAGCUGUGCGCGUUCAGAUCGUCAAAGCUACAUGGGAACAUGAUUAAGAAGAUGAUGAUACUAGAGGAACUACCGGGAGGACCGUAGAUUGAUGGAGUUCCGUGGCUUUUCAACAAGUCAUUUUGCGCAAUUUUCAGAAACGCUCGGGCUCCUUACGCGGUUCCGUUGUUUCUCCUUUUCAAAGUCGCGUUUAGAGUCACCUUCCUAAUAAGUAUUUUUUUCUCACAACAAAACAAAGCGAAAGCUUCGCGCUCUUGACUCCCAACCUUGAAAAAUAGCAUCUAUGUAUGAUUGCGCUUUAUUUUGUUCAACAGUCACGACGCCAGCGAGCUUGACCUUGAGAAAUACACGACGUGCGUUGAUGUCGAAAGUGUUGACUCUGAAUCUGUCACCAUCUCUCUCACCGCCUCUCUACUUGAGAACUCCGUACUCCGGGCGGGGUGUGGCUGGAUGGGAAUUCGGGUCUUCAACGUGGUUGCGCAUGUCAAAAGGAAGUUUUCUCGACGUCAAAAGUGUGUAGUUGUGCAUCUGCAUGUUAGUUUUGCGGCGAAGCAAGGACACGACGCGGCAGAAGGUCGUGUAUACACAAUUUCUAAAGAAAUAGGACGCAACCUCCGAAGAAGAACGAGGCACGAAAGUGAAACAGGACCUAGUAACCCACUUCACACUCCCCUCCACGUGAUAGGAACAAUUUAUACCCCGCAGUGAAAGA